CUUUGAAUUUUUCUUCCACGGGCAUUGGAGACGAUUUCUCCUUAGUCUAGUCUCACCUAGUGGACUCGGAAACUCGGUCAACAACGAAUCUUUCCCAGACGACGACGACUUAGAUGGCGAGUUCGAUGAUCCAGAGGAUGUUCAAGCAAGGCACGAAGAUCGUAGGCGUUGGUCUCAAUUACGCUUCACACGCCAAAGAACUUGGCAACGCACUCCCGAAGGAUCCGAUUGUGUUCUUGAAGCCAACAUCUUCGUAUUUAGAAAACGGUGGAACGAUAGAGAUCCCUCAUCCUCUGGAUUCACUUCACCACGAGGUUGAACUCGCUGUAGUGAUUGGACACAAGGCUAGAGAUGUCCCUGAACGGUUAGCCAUGGAUUACAUCGGAGGAUAUGCGCUUGCUCUUGAUAUGACUGCUAAGGAAUACCACGCUACUGCCAUGGCAUCUGGUCUGCCAUGUACACUUGCUAAAGCACAGGAUACCUUCACUCCCAUCAGCUCUGUUCUACCAAAGGCAAUGGUGGUCGAUCCAAAUAACCUGGAACUCUGGCUAAAGGUUGAUGAUGAGAUAAGACAAAAAGGUUGGACAAAGGACAUGAUCUACAAGGUCCCAUAUCUCAUCAGCUACAUAAGUUCUGUAAUGACCCUUUUCAGAGGAGAUGUCAUCUUGACAGGUACACCAGAAGGUAUUGGACCUGUAAAGAUUGGUCAGAAGAUAAACGCUGGAAUCACCGGUCUUUCUGAAGUUCAGUUCGAUGUCGGUAGGCGUGUAAGGCCAUUGUUGAGCUCCUAGUGUUUGUUUGUGAAUCUUUUACAGUGAUUUGUUAUUGUAUAAUCUUCAGUGAUAGAGCAUUCAACUUGAUUUCUUCUCUGGCUAUUGAUCAUGUCUUGUUAACUUGUUGAUCACUAAGAAUGAUGUAUAUCAAUAUUCUUUAAUCAAAGUAUAAACAGUACACCAAGAAA